ACAGUUUUAUCACCCCAACGGACGACCCCAACUAUGGACAAACUGCACGAGUAUCAAGGUUUCGCUGGACGGUGGCACGAAUGGCGUUCCAAUGUGCGUCAAUGGCACGAAGGAUGGCGCGAAAGGCAUCCAGGUGGGGUACGCCAGUACCUGAAGGACACCGUGCUUCAAGGUGGUACAGGGACGCAAACAUCCGCACCAAUAGGGACGGAUGCGGAGCACGGUGGCAGAACGGGAUGGAACGAGAAUGCGGUUGACUUUUCCCACAUCUAUCGCCGUAAAACACGCCUGGAGCUGAUACGCAUCUCCGCCGCCGUAAUGGGAAUUGAGUUUUCGUAUGCAGCUGAGACAGCAUUCGUGUCACCGACGCUACUAAAAAUUGGCGUCGAGCAUCAGCACAUGACGCUGGUCUGGUGUUUAUCGCCCCUGGUCGGUUUCUUUCUUACGCCCGUGCUCGGUUCGCUGAGCGAUCGGUGCCGUAGCAAAUUUGGUCGCCGAAGACCGUUCAUAAUGCUGCUGUCGCUGGGCGUACUGCUGGGUUUGCUGCUCGUCCCGAACGGUGAAGACGUUGGGUACGCCAUGGGAGACUUUAACCCGUACGCUAUCAACACCACACUGAACAGCAGUGAGGACAGCAGUACCGUCGCUGGUUACGUGUGGCAGGAACCGCAGGCGGACGCUGUCAAACCGAUGCCAUUGCGUAGUCUGGAACCGAUGUCGCAGCGUACCGCGACCAUUAGGGCAGCGUUAGUACAGCCGGACAUUCCAGAACAGCGACCUCGCCAUCCGUGGGGCAUCUUCUUUACCAUUCUCGGGACGGUGCUGCUGGAUUUCGAUGCAGACGCUUGCCAAAGUCCGGCACGUGCAUUUCUGCUUGAUGUUACCGUACCGGAGGACCAUGCACGGGGGCUGUCCACCUUCACCAUUAUGGCUGGUUUGGGCGGGUUCAUGGGCUACUCGCUUGGCGGUAUCGAUUGGGACAAUACGUCGCUCGGCAUCGUGCUCGGGGGCCAUGUGCGGGCUGUCUUCUCGCUCAUCACGAUCAUCUUCAUCGUGUGCGUGCUCUGUACCGUGACGAGCUUCAGCGAAAUUCCGCUCUGGAUACUGGAGGAGGAACUCGAACGGCAGGAUCCACCGUUGGCAAACGGGAGUGAGCCUGAAACCAUCACCUACGGCGCAACGCUGCAGCACGAUCGAUCAGCCGACCAACCACCAAUGAGCAACGCCGCCUACGAUGAGCUACCGGGGGAAAACUUCACCGAGACGAGCUUCAGCCGUCAGGAUGUGCGCAAACCGUCGGCAAAUGGUGAUGCGCCCACGGCUGCCAGCGAGAAACGUAAUGUCGAAGAAUCUGGACGCGAUACACCGGGGCACGAGGAAGACAAGCAGGCCGUUACCCUCAGUAUGUACCUGCUGUCGAUCGUCUACAUGCCUCAUUCGUUGCGGAUGGUUUGCCUAACGAAUCUGUUCUGCUGGAUGGCACACGUUUGCUACUCGCUCUACUUUACCGACUUUGUCGGGGAGGCUGUGUUUGAUGGAGAUCCCAAGGCACUCGAUGGUACGGAAAAGUAUCUGCUGUAUGAAGCCGGUGUACGGUUUGGAUGUUGGGGCAUGGCGAUGUACUCGCUAUCCUGUGCCUGCUACUCGCUGAUCAUCGAGCGGCUUAUAAAACGCUUCCGCGCCAAAAGCGUCUACGUCGGUGGGCUACUGUUCUACUGUCUCGGUAUGUCGAUGAUGGCGCUAUCCAAGCACCGGGUUGGUGUGAUUGUGUUUAGCUGGACGGCAGGUGUGAUGUACUCGACGCUUUUCACCAUGCCCUACCUGCUCGUUGCUCACUACCAUUCGGAGGGUGUUUUCGAGGUAAAUGAAUGUGGCGUCGCAAAACAAAGCACAGGUGCGGUUCGAGGACUUGGCACGGAUGUGGCCAUCGUGAGCAGUAUGGUGUUUCUGGCCCAGUUUGUGCUUUCCAUCUGUAUGGGUUCGAUCGUCGCCUGGACCGGUACGACGACGGCCGUAGUUACCAUUGCCGCCAUGUUAAGCUUCUGUGGUGCACUGUCUGCCACACAAAUAAUGUACUUGAAUUUGUAAAUUCGUAUA